CGCAAAGAUAAACGUCAGAUUUCGUUCUGUGACAAAGUAGGUCCCAUUCUUCCGCGAAAACAAAAAUGGCUGAUGAUGAAUGGAAGAAAUAGCCGACUCAGAGCCAUAUUAUUGGGGAAGGUGGCUGUAAGAUGGACGGGAAGCACAAACAGCUUCACGAGCAAGCCAACACACAGUAUCAACAACAACAUUAUCUGCAGGCCGCCAUUCUUUUCACCAAAGUUCUAGAAUAUGUAAGACCAACCUCACAGAAAGACCUACAUCUCUCCUAUGUAAACAAAAGAUCACAGUGUUACCUGAAAUUAGAAAAAUAUGAAAAGGCCAUUGAGGAUUGCGAUGAACUUUUACAUCUGACACAAAACCGCAGCGGCAAAGCUCUAAGUAGGAAAACAAUCGCCCUUGCUAAACUUAACCGGUUCCAAGAUGCUUAUGAAGUCGCCAAACUCUGGUGCAAGGUUGAACCAAAGAGCCAGUCAGCCAUGUCAGAGUUGUCACGACUGCAAAAGAUAAUUGACGCAUUGGAAGACAAGGGCAUCGAUGCAGAUGAUAUACCUAAUAGUCCAGAGAGCCUCUCCAGUCCGACAGCCAAGUCCAGCUAUGGUGGGAAAACUAGCUGGGCGGCUCAUGCUAGGCCGACACCAAGCCAAAGUCCCCUACAAAUCAUGGUCACCACAAAGAGCAACGGAAAUUCAACAUAUAACGAUAUCUCACGUCGCCGAUCUAGUUCAAGCUCCAGCGCAUCACCAAUUACUAAGUCCCCAACGAGUCCAACCAUUCUCACCCGCCAGUCUAGCAGCGGGAACAACAGCAGCCCAGUCACAACAUCCCAUUCUGGCCUAGAUCGCAGGCGAAGCAAUGAUGGCAAAAUCAUAUCCGCCGUAGGUCCAUCUAACUUCUCCUGCACUUACUGUAACCUGCAAUUUUCUACAGAGGUUGAUCUACACCUCCACUGCAUCGGCGAAAGUCAUCAAGCAAUUAUUAUGUCUGAUGAAGGACGAGAUUGGAAGUAUAGACCGCCCCCUAGAGGAAUCACAAGUGAUGACUAUGUAUUAUGUUCUAAUUUUGUUCGCUGUCGUUUUGCUGCCCAGUGUAUGUUCGCACAUUCAGAGGAUGAACUGGCUGAGUGGGUCGAGCGCUACCGGUAUCGGCAGAUGAAACUCCAGCAGGCUCGUGAAAAACAGCUGCAUGGUAGUAGCUACGUUGAAACACUUCUUGAGAAAAUGGUCAACUCAGCAUCACCAACAGAUGUGAUGUCGGAUACAAUAGAAGAUGUUAAGCUUGAUGUGAAUUCUGACCUUAAUGUUACUGUGUCAAGAAAGAGCUCUGCCAAGUCGUGGACGUUUACAAUUCAUUGUAAUCCUCCCAUGGAACUGGAGCAUGUGGCUUUACUCUACGACAUGCACCGUACCCAUUUCAGCAUUCGCAGCAUCAGCACUGGUGACAUAAAUAAACAGGUCGACCAAGAAGUCCCCUCAUCGUGUCAAGACUGGGUCAACACGCAGAACAACAAUGAGACCGGCGGGAAGUCAACGGAACGCAUGUACCGGAUCAAGGUUCAGUUUACAUCCGAGAUCUACGGAACCUUCCGGCAGUCCAUUGUGUUUGAUUUUGGGCAGAUGCCGGUUUUGGUUCAGCAUAUGUUUGUCGAUGCCGUGUCCGUGUCCGACCUUCAGGAGCUAGAUGAGAUCCGCAGUACAGUGAUUAACAUCUCUGAGCGGUGGGAUGAAACAAACAAAACAAUUAUUCCAUUUGAACCAACCCCUCAGUUGUUCAGCGAGAAAGACAAUGGACUCCUGACUUACUACCGUCCACCUCGAACUACCGAACAGUUGUUCAAAGGCUCAGUUCUGAAAAAAAAGUUAACGAAAAAUAACUAUCAAAAUAAAAUGCAUGAUUUAUUGCAUAUAGAAGAGAUAGCUCAGUACCAGAGUAUUAGUAGGUUUAAUAUUAAAACUAGAAUCCAGUUGAUAACUAGUUUUCUACUUGUUCCGCAUCGGAAUAUUGGUGCAAGAUAUGCACAGAAUGGCGAACUGUUUGCGUUGCUGAAAUUGAAUAACGAGCUAUCGGAAGACCAAAGUGCCGGUCGACUUAUCCUGACCAGCUGUAACCUUGUUCUUUUUGGGACUAGCAAUGAUGAUAAGGAACCGGAGACAGUUUACACAGCGGUCAUAGAGGAAAAGGGAAAGGGAUUUGUUUACUUAAAGUUAUCGAAGAAGUGUGUUGAUGAUCUUAAACUGAAGGCAGACACAGACUUAGAAUGUUACGUACAAUUUCAACUGAAUCGGUUACCUAUAUGUGAGAUGCACUAUGCGGUUGACAAGAUUCAAGAUGUGGGCAUUAUUUUUCCUGAAGUUAGCAAAGCUCUUGACAUUCCUUGGACUCCCCACAGGCAGUGGAGUGAAAGUAGUGACCAGCGAUUGAAUGCUAGGCAGAAGGAAGCAAUAAUCGCAAUUACCUCACCUCUAUCUUCACCAUUGCCACCAAUAUUUCUGAUUGGUCCAUUCGGUACGGGGAAGACUUACACAUUAGCGCAAGCAACCAAGCUUAUAUUACAGCAGCCCAACACAAGAGUCCUUAUUUGUACUCAUUCAAACAGUGCUGCUGAUUUGUAUAUAAGGGAUUACUUGCAUCCAUUUGUGCUGGCUGGAAAUGAGUCUGCCCGUCCUCUGCGUGUAUAUUUUCAUGGACGAUGGGUAGCUACUGUUCAUCCCACCGUCCGUUUGUAUUGCGUUAUGUCGGAAAAUGAAACACAAUUUGAACAUCCCACCAAGGAAAUGGUACUUAAGCACCGGGUUAUUGUAGCAACACUUAGUACGUCAAGAGUACUCAGCCAUUUGGAUAUAGAGCCAGGAUUCUUUACUCAUAUAUUACUUGAUGAGGCUGCACAAGCAAUGGAGUGUGAGACGAUUAUGCCGCUUGCCCUAGCAAAUAAGAACACGCGGAUCGUCUUAGCCGGUGACCACAUGCAGAUUAGUCCACAUGUGCAUUCCGAAUUCGCCCGCAACCACAACCUCCACAUAUCUCUUCUUGAACGACUCCAUGAUUUGUACCCGUUGGAGCACCAGUGUAAGAUACUGCUCUGCGAAAACUACCGAUCACAUGAGGCAAUCGUGGCUUAUGCGUCAAAACUUUUCUACGAGGGUAAACUUUUAUCUAGUGGUCAGCAACCAGCCAGCGAAAAGUAUUUCCCGCUGACUUUCUUCACAGCACGUGGGGAGGAUGUUCAAGAUAAGAAUAGCACAACAUUUUACAAUAUUGCAGAGGUUUAUGAGAUUGUUGAACGUGUGAAGGAGGUUCAGAGGUCAUGGCCAGAAGAAUGGGGCAGUCUUACUGACACCAGUAUUGGUGUGGUGACUCCGUACACUGACCAAGUAUUCAAGAUCAGGUCUGAACUCCGUAAGAAACGUCUUGGCAACGUUACUGUUGAGAGAGUGAUGAAUGUUCAAGGUAAACAAUUCCGUGCAUUGUUUAUUAGCACAGUUCGUACCAGACACACCUGUAAGACAGACGUCUCAGGCAUAUCUACUUCAAAGAGCAAGAAAAAAGGUUCUACCGCUACUGAUGUUGAUUACGGGUUCCUUUCCAACGAUAAAUUACUAAACACCGCCAUAACUCGGGCACAAAGCCUUGUAGCAGUUGUUGGAGACCCAGUUUCUCUCUGCUCCAUUGGAAAAUGCAGAAUACUGUGGGAGAAUUUCAUUAAAACCUGCCAUGAGAAUAAUAGCCUGCAUGGAAUUACAUAUGAAAGUAUCCAAGCUCAACUAUCCGGUGUGGAGUUGAAAAAGACAUACACCCUGAAUCCUCUUGCAAAGGAGUUUAUCCCAAGGGCAUUAAGAGCACAAAUGACGGGUGUGCCAGUUUACCAAACAGCAUUACAGAAGACUGUGUUAUCACCGGCUGGUACUCCAACACCACCGUUGACUCCUUCACCGGCUAGUAGCCCUUUGGUUGGAGCUCCAAUCAGAGCAGCAACUGUUAACCCGUCUUAUCACCACCACCAUCAUGCCGCUAUGUACAGGCACCUGAACCCUGUAAGUGUGGAUCCCAUCACUGGAGGCAAGUACGUGUACUUACCAUUUGUACCUAUGAUGCGAAUGCCACCGUACAUUCCUAUGGGCCACCCACUCAUAGAUCCGUAUAAAAAUCACAACCACUUUCCAAUGCGACAUUCCCCAGUUCCUGGAAUUGGCACACCGCCAGCACAGCUAUCACCGAAGCCAAACCAAGGAAAUGCAUCAAGGCCUAGUGGCCACCAGGCUCCACAUGCACCUGGGUAUUAUAAUUCAGCUCAGCAACAGCAGCAGCAUUCACCAGGUGUCAUAACAGCACAGCAUCAUUCGCCAGGUGGCCAUCCUCCACUGCAUAAUUCUCUUGGAAAUUAUCCACAGCCGGUUAGCUCACCAGGUGGGCAUCAACCACAGCAUGGACCACAAGUUGGUCCUCAGUUCCAUAAUUACCCUCAACCUGGUCAUCCUCAGAAUAUGUCAUCAGGUAUUCCAUCCCCGAAACAUCACCCUCAACCCAGCCAACCAGGUGGCCACCCGAUUCAGCACAAUAAUUCUGUUGGCUAUCAGAAUUACAAGCCAGGUGGACCUAACUCAUAUAUACCAGGUAGCAUAAAUCAGCAUCAUCAAGCUAGUGGAGUUUUAGCAGUUGGCAAUGCUCAAAGCGGCAUGCAGUAUAUGCCAGCAGGCCAGGGCCAACACAAACCAGUGCAAACGUCUGAUCAUCACCGUCCAUUAAUUGCAAGAAAUCCAAAUGGGACCAAUAACACAGGAGCAAAUAUUAAAUAUAACCAAAUGGUAAAAGACAGCAUCUCACCUAUGGUGGAACUCAGUAAAAUGCUACAGAAAAUGCCACACAACCCUGGGAAAAUUGGUUUUGGAGAACAGGGAAAGAAUACGGAGGCAUCGCGGUUCACUGCAUCUGGUGAGCACACCACAGACCAAAUGAAAAAGACUGAGCUUAUGCACAAUGCUCAGCAUGACUUUGGUAAUGUAUUGUCACUGAAUAUGUCACAGGAAACUCGACCUCUUAAACCAGGAACCAUUAAUGGCAGUUACUCAUUUCCUUCCUUUCGACAAAAUUCUGAUGCUAAUAGAAUCCAAACGGAUAGGCAAGCGCAACCGAGAUCAAGAAACCUGCAGGAAGCAUGGAAUGAGCCACCGGAAGCGUGGAAACGUAACUUAUUUCAGCAUGGAUCUGGUGCCGCUUCACCUUCUCAGGGUGAUGCAUCUAACAAACCACCACACCAGAAUAAUCUCUUCUUGUCAGAAGGAUCAGGAUCAUACAGCACCGACUUUCCUCCUCAUCCCAAUCAGCAGUCUCCAAAUAGUUGGUCAAAGCCGUUAAGCCCAAGAGUACCGAGUAAUCCAAGCCAUUCCCCUGUGAUAUCAGAAGAGGCCAAAGCCCCAGGGAAGUCAUAUGCCAGUGCCUUGAGGGCACCUCCUAAGCCUAAACCUAAAUUGGUAGAUGACAGAGUUAAAGCAGCAUCACCAGAUCCUCUGUCAGUGAUCAAAGACUUAGGAAGCAGGCAGAAUAAAGAUGGAUAUUAUUCAUAUUUUAACUAAACCCCUGUCCAGACUAUCAAAUUUUAUUUGACAAAAACAUGUUUACAUGCCUAAAUAUGGCCAUGAUGACAUCACAUCAUAACCAUAUAUAGCCAC